AUGGCUAGCCUCAGCUUUAUAAUGGAUGUCAACGACGACCCCCCUCCUGGCACCCGGUCCCCCCUCAAUAAAAGGGUCAGGGGCGCAAACAACUUGACCAGUGCCGGCCCGCUCCAAGAGACACCCCCCAGCCCAGAAGCAGGACCAAGACAUGUCAGUGAUCCCGGCCCGGCCACCACCGAGCAGGAUAUCAACCAGGCCGCCCCCGUUGGCCCGAGCAAACGGCGCGGUACUUCGUCACGAGGUCCUGGUCCCGCCACAGCAAGAGCGCAGGUAGAAAUAGGAUCCGGGACCAGAGCCAUCAUCACCGCCUCGCCUUCGAUCCCGUCUUCACCGCCUCUGUCGGGGCCUGCAACCCGCAAGUCGAUACGCCGACGGAGCACCACUAGCAGCGACUCGAUGGACCGGUCACGAUAUGGCUCAGCCGCCUCGCCGUCGUCCAUGGCCGGGGGGCCGCAAAGGCCCAUGCCUCUCCAUCCCGUCACGGCUCAGUACACGCCCAAAAUCACACCUAAGACGGGGCGGGUCAGCAAGGCAAAGAAAGGCCUGCCGGUUCAUGUCUGCGACAUCUGUCGACCUCCCAAGACGUUCACACGAGCCGAGCAUCUUAGGCGACAUCAACUAGGCCACGGUGAACCGCAAUUCCAGUGCCCCGGUUGCGAGAGGGCGUUCCACCGGGCCGAUCUGCUGGCACGGCAUCAACAGAAGCACGAGCAUGAGGGUGACGACGCGUCUAAGGUGGGAUCACCGCAGAACAGUCCGCGCCCAUCAUCAGCAGGGCUCUCCUAUCAACCUCAGCGCUCUCCACCAACGCCCGUCCGUGGGCCGAUUGCCUCUCCUACGGCCACUGAGAUUUCACGCACGCCCAGUAUCGCCGUUGGGAACCAGCCCGAAUUCUCACAUGGUCAAGGUUUCCGCGCCGCCUACCCAUUCCCCCCAACCAUCUCCAUCGUCAACCCGGAGCAGCCGUCCUCGCUUUCGGGCCCCUACGACAACCUGGGUAGUUACCAGCCUAGGGCCGGUCAGCCGCCAUCCAUCUGCGUGGUCACCGACGGCCCCGGAUUCCAGUCCGAGUUACCGGGGUUGCCUGACGCCUCGCCACUGCCCUCAUCCGCCUCGGACAGCACCACUUAUUCAACGCCGGUGUCAGACGGUUCUGGGAACCCACGUUCCUGGGCGCGUGGACACCGGUCGCCGUAUCCUAGCGUGACCCCGCGCGGUCUUCCAAGCUCUGGGCCGGGGAUGGAGACAAGCCCAUCCUUUGCCGAUCCUUCGUUCAUCAACUCAUACUCGGACCAUCAUCGCCAAGCCACGGAUCCUACCUUUGACGGGACGCUCAGCGUACCAUCAAACUUGGGAUACGGCGCAGCCAGCGCGGGACACCACAAUCCUCCCUUGAGCGCCACUUCCAACGGCACUAUCCGGGCGCACCAUCACAGCAACUCUCUUUCGUCCCUCCGCGGCCGGACACCACCUCUAGAUACGUCGUCUCACGGGCCUUCUGGGACUCUCUUCGCGUCCGCUUCUCAUCUCCCCGGCCACCUCGACUCGGCGGUGGACUUCGAUCGUCGGAAGGGGGUCAUGAUGGACCAUAUGGCUAUGGAUGUACUCGGAGGGCUAGGUGUCGGGUACGCUGCCACAAGCCCGGGAGCCGACAACGCUAGCCAUAGUAGCGACAUGGUUCCGGAGCUCGACCUGGCUUUCAUAGGUGGCUGUGCUUUGCCGGGGCCGCCCUCCAUUACCAUUCCGUUGCCGGGCCCGGUCCGCGCCGCCAUCCCCCGCUACCUCGAGGUCUACUGGUCCCACGUCGACCCGAUCCUGCCCUUCAUCCACUACCAGACAUUCGAUGCAGCCUCGGAGGAUGUGCUAAAGUGCGCCAUGGCCGCCGUGGCCACACAGCACCUCGACAGCAGAGAGGAUCGCACUCGGGGAAACCAGCUCCAUGAGUUUGCAUGGCAGGAAGUGAAGCGGGUGCCCCAAUGGAGCCUCCAAACGAUGCAGGCCAUCCUCCUCUGCGAGUAUUUCGCGCGCUUCCGGGGCCGCAAAGCCGUCACACGACCUUCGAAGCCGUUCGAGUCUUUGUAUUCGAGGGUGAGUGCUCUACGGUCCUUUAGUAUGCCGCCGUCCUCUGCCCUUGCCGAGGACAACGGUCUCUGGCUCGUCGACACCACGGCUUGGUCCCCUGCCUCUUCCCCCGCGUCUUCCAAUUCUUCCCUUUGUGAUGCCGCGACGCCGACCUCCAGCACCAUGUCCCCUUUCGCUCUGCGGCAUUUGAGUCCGCUGCAGACCGCCCCCUGGGGCAGUUUCCCAUCUUCCCGGGUUCGGUCGUCGGCUUCUUCUCCUUUUGGAAACACUUCUUUUGCUUCUUCAGAUCCGUCUUUGGCUUUCGGUCUGCCCCGUUCUAUGGGGAGUAAUCUUAAUCCUAAUCUUCCUCCUUCUUCACCGUCUUCUUCUCCUUAUUCUCGCUCUCGAGCACAGCCGUCAUGGUCCUCUCUCUUUGCUCCCGAUCGCCAUAGCCCGGUGUCGGCCACGGCGCCUUCUCUUCCACUCGCGGCUCCCGUUCCUCAGGCUCCCGGACAGGCAUACUCACACCGUGUUUUAAACCAACAGGUCCUGUCUCAGAACGCGGCCCUCCUGGACCAUACCCUGCUCGCCAUCGAGCAACAGCGCCUUUCCUCCCUCCAAGACCGGUGGCGCAGCUGGAUCGACACCGAGUCGCGCCGUCGCCUCCUCGCCACGUGCCUCUUCGUCGACGGCCACGCCGCCAUUUACCAGCAACAGCGGCGCUCGCAGGACUGUGAGGUCGGCGGCGUGAUGCAGCCGGUUCCCCUUUUCGGCCGCACCACCAAGCCGUGGGAGUCCACCUCGGCAGACGACUGGGCCAACACCCUCGCGGCAGACCCGGGCGCGCUCCAGCCCGAGCACGUCCCCCCUCUCGAGCACCUCACGCGCGAAGACAUAACGAGCCACACCCCCACCGACCGCAUCAUCAUCCUCAGCGUGCUGCCCGCGACGUCGUUCCACGAGCACCAGAAGCGGCUGCGCUUGUGGGUUACGGUUAACCCGCCGUUUUGUGUGGCGGCGGGUGGUGGUGCGAAUGGGGGGGUUGGUGGUGGUGGUGGUGGUGGUGGUUCGGGGGGUGGGGCGUUGGCCGGGUUGAGUGUGUUGAGGGCGACGGUGUAUGCGGCGAGGGCGAUUCUGGCGUUUCUGGAUCGUGCUCCCGCGGUUGAUGGGGAUGGUGGCGGCGGUGGUGGUGCGUCGUGGUCGGCGGAUAUGUCGGACUAUUGGGCGUUGUAUGUGUGCGCGCUGAUCUGUUGGGCGUUUGUGCACCCUGCUCGCGGUGGCGGCGGUGGUGCGGCGGACGGUCAGGGCCAGGGCGGUAAUGGUGCUGCUGCCGGUGGUGCUGGUGCUGGUGGUAGGGGCCGCAGCGCGAGCGGUGCCCCUGGUGGUGGGAGUGGGGGGAGCAGUCCCGCGCUCACGCCGAACGGUGUCGCUGCCGUGGCCUCGGACGAGGAGGCCGUUGGAUGGCUGCGGCUGGUGGCGGCCGAGGGAGUCAGGCUGGAGGAUGUGGUGCGGGUACGCGGACGGCGCGAGGCGUCCGGGGUAGUGGGCUUGGUGAGGAAGAGAUUGGAGAGCGAUUGUGUCGGCGGGAGGAGCAGGCUGUAUGUGGAUGCUGUGGGGGUGCUGAGAAAGCUGGAGGAGGGGCUUGGGUGGAAGUGGUUCUGA